AUGGCCCCAAAGGAACCAAAAGUCGCAGAACAAUCCUCUCACAAGGUGAUAGAAAAACGGAGGAGAGAUAGGAUCAACGCCUGUCUGUCGGAACUCAGCCAGACCGUACCAGCGGCCUUCUCCAAACAGAGCGCUGGCAAACUAGAAAAGGCCGAGAUUCUAGAGAUGACUGUGGAGUACUUGCGAGCGGUCCAGACAACAGAGAUAGGUACUCGAUUCGAUCAUGGUGAAUGGUACAGCUCUGACGUUUGGGCUGAUUUUGUUCACCAUUACCAAGCUGGGUACGACGAUUGUGUUCGGGAAAUCGUUCGCUAUAUGACAGACGUGGAAGGUCUUCAGGCAAGCGAUGAACGAUGCAUGCGUAUAAUUUCCUACCUUCAAACACGUUUUCGCGCAGACUCGUCUGUAAGCGGAGGGUCUGCUUACCGUGACGUUUUACAACGACUGACGUCAUUAGCCAAAUCUCGAGCGUCACCUCCUGAGAACAGAUCUUACAGAUAUACUCCAUACGUGUUACCGACUAGAGAUCUCGCAAAAACAACACAUGGAUUAUUUACCAACAUGUUCAGCAGUAGCUUUUCAGAUGAUAGCAGUGGCAGAAUUAUAGGAUCGACAGACAGUACAUCGUCCCGACUCUCCCCUCCCGACUUGACCAGGACUCCAAGACCUGAAGACAGGCACCAGGCAAGUUUGCCUUAUUUCAGGGGAAAAUGA